CCGUGCCUCUGCAGUGGCUCAUUCUUUCCUGAGCGGCUACAGACACACACCGCCCCCCUCCACCCCUCCUCUGGCCACUCAUCCCAGCAUGUUGCACCUAUUCAUGGGUAAGAUCGACAGUCUCUUCCCCAGACUGAAAGUGGAGCUCUGCGCUGCAGCUGCCGCUGAAUGAAUGCAGCGUUUCCUGCAUCUACAACCACGCUGAGUGAGACAGAGUAUCAGCGAGACACUGCCGGCAACUGAGAGCCACUGAUCUGAAGAUCAAGCAACGGAUCAGGUGCUGCCUCUGUAUUUCUCUCUCUCUAGUUCCCUCUCCCUGCCUUACCGGGACAUACUGCAAAGGAGGAUCGAGGACAGGGAGGUACUCUGCAAGACUUCCCCAGCUGAAAGUCUAAUUUCGUGUCGGGUCCCUUGUGGCCCCUCAGACCUACAGUAUCCCACCCAAGACAUACAGCGGAAGACUUGACCAGGGACAGACAGACAGGCACAAGUGGGUAGACGGUCUGGCAUGGAGUUGCAAAACAGAAGAUCAUUCCUGCACAGGUGUGCGCGGUCCGGCGAUGUAGUCCACGCUGGUCUGGUCGUCACACUUCUGAUUGGCGUGUGGUAUGCUCAGGCACUGGAGGUGAAUACAGGCAAGGUCAAUUUUAUAGAAGUGAUGAAUGGAAGUUCAGUGCUCUUACCCUGCACAUACGCCAGCUGCAUUGGCAUUAAAAACCUUUACUUCAACUGGCAGUUCAAAGACAAUGGGACAUUGGUUAAGCUCUGUGAGGCCAUCAUCCCAGCAGAAGGAGUAGAACCUAAUGUGAAAAUCUAUCAUGAGCGGGUGGAGUUUGUUGGCUCCAGCAAACAGAAUAACAUCUCCAUCUUACUGCAUAACGUCACCUUCGAGGAUCAGGGAGAGUACAUCUGCUUCGCCCGCAACCCCAAGGAGAAGGAACGCAACCAUAGUGCAAUUUUCAAUCUUUUUGUGGUGGACGAAUUGAAAGAGGUGGACAACACACUGACCCUCAUCAUUGUGUCCGUGCUUGGUGGAGUCAUAGGUCUGAUCAUUCUCAUCAUGGUAGUGAAAACUGUGGUCCUCGCCAUUCUAAAAAAGCUCCAGGAGAAGAAUAAAGAGUGCCUUGUGAGCUCUUCAGGGAAUGACAAUACAGAAAACGGCCUCCCGGGAUCCAAAGGAGACAGCAAACCGACACCAAAGGCAUGAAAAGAGCAUGUGUGUGUACAUAUACGUGCAUAUGUAUACAUGCAUACAUAGUCAUAACAGAAUGAAAGAAAGUCAUAACAAUGGACAGUUUUAUUCUCUUUAUCUCAUGAGAAAAAAUGCUACAUAUAUGUGGAAAUAUAUAUUUUAGAUUGUGCUUGAGGAAAAAUACAAAGUGCUGCAGGCUGGAUCACACACCCUUUGCUGGUCUUAAAAGCCCUAAAAAAUAUUCAUAAAGCAGAUGAUGGUAGACGCUUCGGUGUGCUUGCAUUCUGUUCUUGUCUGUGAGACACAGCACACACACACUGCCUUCUUCAUGAACUGCCAUAUCCUUUCAAUGCUCGACAGCACAAGAGACCCACAUAACAAAAUGUUUGCGAUAAACUUCCAGUGCAACUUUACAUAUCUUCACACUGCAUUCCAAACGAUCCCGAGGUGGAAUCUCUCACAAGCGGACAAGUCAGUAGCAAAACAAACACAGAAAUG